GAGAGAGAAUUGCUUUGGGUCUAGUCAAUCCAAUGAUACUGUCUGCAUCUGCAGAAAACCUGAGCCGAUUGCUUGGAGCAGUGUAACUGAUGCAGUGACUCUGGCUGAGACUACAGAGAGACUGAGCUAAUUGCUCCGAGCAGGGGGAACUGCUCUGUGCAUCUCAGGGUGGGUGUUAAUUACCAACCCCCAGAAGAGGUGUCUGGGGGGCAGAUGCAGUGGUGUCAGCUCCUCCAUUCAUGCAGACACCCUGGCUGCUGGGCCAAGUGCUGAGGGAUCUCUGCCACCAACAAGCCAAGUGGGGAUGGGGCCAUGAUGCGGUGACAGGGCUUUAGGCACAGCCAUAGGGUGCUGACCCUGAGGGGUUCCCAAAGCCUCCCUAUAGAAACCACCUCUCCCAGAGCUGCCCCUGAUAGAAAAUACUUCCCCCAAAACACAGAAACUACCUUCUCUGGAGCUGUGCCCCACGCCCCUCCCACCAUAGACACCACCCUCGGUGCCUCCCCCACCACUAGAAACUGCCAUCCCUGCAGCAGGCAUUCCCUCCAAUAGAAAUCACCUCUCCCCCACCCCAUAGCAACUGCUUCCUAGAAAGGACUCGACCCAUAGCAACCACCUUUCUUUUAGCCAACAACCAUCACUUCUGUAGUCCCCGCCCCAUAGGAACUACCUUCCCCAGAGUGCUUUGCGACCUGCGAGAGCCUGGCUAUUUCCCACGGUGCCUUGCAGGGGAAACCACACAAAGGGGCCAGGCUGCGAUCUCUUUUCUUAGCCCUCUGCUGUUGCUGCAGGACCGCCCCCCCCAGCCCCUGCCUGCAUCCUCCUCUCGUGCCCUGUGGAGAGCCAGGAUCAUUGUCACAGAGAUGGCGUGGGCAGCUGGGUGAGGGACCCUGCUGUGAAUCAAGAGUUGGGCUAAACCAGCCCCAUGAGCACAGGUCUUCUCAUACAGCAGGGCUAACGGCCCCUGACCCAGAUGGAACCAGGGGAGGAGUCCAGUGUCCCAGAUCCCCAAGGCUCGGAGGAAAUGGAGGUCGGAGCAGAUGACAGUGCCGCCUGUCUCUCAGAGGAGGAGGAUUCCAACCAGGAAGGCCCUGAGAUGGUGCCAUCCCACAAGAUAUGGCCAGGGGUCUCCAAGAGUGACAUCUCGCCCGGCUCCCCAUGGGACAUGGCUGACCAGAGCCCGGACAUUGGGGCACAGGCACCGGAUGACUCUGUUGACCUGGAGCAGGGGCUGGAGGAGUUCGGCGACAUCAUUGUGCACCGGGUGACACAGAUGGGUGUGAAGCCGUGCCGCUACAUCGAGGGGGGGCGCAGCUACGAGCUGAGCCCCGGACUGGCCCGCCGUCUGCUGCGGCUCGACGAGAAGCCGUAUGAGUGCAACGAGUGUGGCAAGAGCUUCAACCAGAGCUCCAACUUGCACCGGCACCAGCGCACACACACUGGCGAGCGCCCCUACUGCUGCCCGGCCUGCGGCAAGGCCUUCAGCCGCCGCUCCAAUCUGGCACAGCACCAGCGCAUCCACACCGGCGAACGCCCCUUCCACUGCGGCGACUGUGGCAAGAGCUUCAGCGAGAGCUCUUACUUGAUCCGGCACCAGCGCACCCACACCGGCGAGCGCCCCUACAAGUGCCCAGCCUGCGGCAAGGCCUUCUCCCGCAGCUCCCACCUGGCACGACACCAGCGCACCCACACUGGUGAGCGCCCCUACCUCUGCACCGACUGUGGCAAACGCUUCGGGCUCAGCUCUGACUUGGCCACGCACCGCCGCACCCACACAGGCGAGAAGCCUUUCCGCUGCACCGACUGUGGCAAGGCCUUCUCCCGCAGCUCCCACCUGGUGCAGCACCAGCGCACCCACACUGGGGAGCGCCCCUACCGCUGCGCCCAGUGUGGCAAGAGCUUCUGCCAUGGCUCCAACCUGCUGCAGCACCAACGCACGCACCGCGGCGAGCGCCCCUACCGGUGCCAGCAGUGCGGCAAGGCCUUCAGCCUCAGCUCCAACCUGAUCCGCCACCAGCGCAUCCAUACGGGCGAGCGCCCCUACCGCUGCACCGACUGCGGGCGCAGCUUCGUGCUGAGCUCUGACCUCCUGCAGCACCACCGUGUGCACACGGGCGAGCGUCCCUACCAGUGCCCUGACUGUGGCAAGGCCUUCUCCCGUGCCGCCCACCUGGCCCAGCACCGCCGCACCCACACGGGCGAGCGCCCCUACCACUGCCAGCACUGCGGCAAGAGCUUCAGCCAUGGCUCCAACUUCAUCAAGCACCAGAGCACCCACCUGCAUGGCUGGCAGCCCUGCUGGCCCCUUAAGGAGGGCGGGGAGGGCCCCCAGGAUGAUGGGUCCGGCAAAGAGGUGGAGGAGGGGCAGGCACAGCCCUAAAGCACGGCGGUGCUUGGAGCACAGGACGUGCUACACAGGAGAAUCCAUCAUUGCCAGUCUCCUAGCCAGAUCACUUGGAUGGAGUGAGAACCUAUUAAACAUCACAGAACCCUGCCCUGUACAGAACUGGGAACCCACCUCCGGCCUCAUAGCCAGGCGUCCAGGAUGGAGUUGGGAAUCCAGCCUCGUAGCCAGGUGUCCCGGACAGAGCCGGGAACCCACCCCUGGCCUUGAAGCCAGGUGUCCAGGACGGAGUUAUGAACUCAGCCUUGUAGCCAGGUGUCCUGGACAGAGAUG